GUUGUUGUUGUUGCUGUUCAAUGGGAUGGACGGCAAUCAAAUUUGAUGUGGCUGUAUAAUGAUGAUGAUGAUGAUGAUGAUGACAAAGACGACGUCGAUGACGAUGAAGAUGAUGAUGAUAAUACAAAUGUUUUGUGGGUGAUGAUGUUACCAACCUAUUCUGUCCGUCAGUUUAAAAUAUGUACUUAA